CAGGAAAGAGUCGCCCAGGCAUCCCCCGACAAUAAGUUUAAUUUUGAUUCCUCAUUGAAGCGUAGGUGUUCAUUUAGAUUUACCGAGAAUUCGCAGUGCUUGAAUUAAAACAGAAGCUACACCAUCUGUUCAUAAACUCUUUGCUCUAUUUUAUCACACAUGUUUUGUUGCUCAAAGGACGAACAGGAAAAACGGAAGCAAAUUGACCGCUGACAACGUGGAAUCUUUGGCCUAAGUUUGGUUAUGUUUUGGUGACAAGUUCUUUGAUCGUUCAACGGUAAAGAAGAAAAAUAUGAAGAAAAGGUCAAUUCCAGACGCAGCAAAGGCUGAUUGGUCCAACACUGGUAGUUUCAUGAACAAACCGAAACAUGGAUGGUGUCACACGGACGGUGAAAUCGCCAGAGGUGUCACGUAUCAAGCCUUGUAUGUUGGUUGUGUGAAGAUUCUACAGUCAGUCAAAUCUGUUUCAUUGGAAGACAGAAGCAGCAUCAUCAAGAUUGCUACAGCACGAUGUUGUGAUAAAGCUGGUUUUGUAAAGUACAAAAAGAAACACAAGAUACCACAAACCAUAUCAAAAGCAUUUGGAGAUGUGUUUACUGGUUAUCGUGGUGAGAGUGUAUUGAUCACCAUUUCAAAAUCCAGCAUAAAAAUUGUUCUUGAACGAACUGGAGUGGUUAUAUGUGACCAUUACAUAGAGAACAUUUCUUUUGCAAGUGGAGGAGAGAAGGAGUAUACAUCAUUUGUUUCAUAUAUUUCAAAGGACAAUAUCUUCGAGAGAGCAUGCUUCGUCAUCGAAUGCUCGGCGGAUAUCAAACUCGAAGUCAUCCAAACCAUUGGACAGGCAUUCGAAGCAAAAUACAAAGAGGUAGUCAACAAUCCACCAAAAUUAACGGAGGUGCCAGAAAGGUUCACGCAGCCGAUAUUUCCUGUGGAGGAGGACCCAGCUCCUUCGUGUGCCGCCCAGCCCUAUGCUUCUCUGAAGCGUGAAAAUGAGAAAGACGGGGCUGGAUACUCGAAGUUGCAUGGAAAGGAGGAGAAACCAGGAUAUGCCGAGCUCAACUGUUCAGAGGCAAGGAGCUCAAAAGCAGACUUGAACGAUUACAGUGUUUUAGAAAGAGGGGCGUUUUCAAAUCAGAAUAAUGCCAUUGACUACGACCAGCUCCAUUUCGAUAAAAAAGGCAAGGGUCGUCCUACUAGCAUCCCCAUCGUCGCCGGUGCGAACUACGACCAAAUUCAAGGAAGCAACAACGAUUUCGCCGCCGUCUACGACAACCCGAUGGCAUCACCGUCAACAAAGGAUCAGAUGCUUGUUGAUUUCAACGAUAAUUCCCCUGAGUACCAAAGCAUCCCUAAUGCUGCCCCGUCGCCAUACGACAACCCCAAGGAAUUGAUGGCCGCCAAACCUUAUUCGUCGCCGUAUGACAAUCCAAAGGAUCUGUUGCGGUCUAAAGAGCUACUACCCAGUGGCAAUCCAGGAAGCUCGACCCAUUCUGCGGAAUACGACGUACCGAAAGUUCAAAGCCAUCAAUGGGAGCAGUUUGAUGAUAGCACUGAUGGAGGAGUGGCGAACGGAAAACAGUUCGACGGAGCGGGGUAUUUGGUACCAACUGGUGUCACACAGGGUUCAGCCAAAUAUGCUUCACUUAAACAUGAUAAGGAAGAUAGUGAAGAUUCAGGGGACUAUCACCCCCCUGAGGAGGUAGCAGAGUACCAACGCCCCAAUGCCACAGAAUACCAACCACCUAAUACGCACUACCAGACCCCAACGAAUGUCAAUGGGAAUCGUCCCAAGUCAUUUGUUGGUCCGCUAGACAACAAGCCUUGGUUCCAUGGAAAUAUCUCCAGACUAGACUCGGAAAUGUUGAUAGAGGAAGAUGGACAGUUUCUUGUCAGGGAAAGUUCAAGUAAUAAAGGCCAAUAUGUUCUUUCAGGAAUGAAAGAUGCCCAGCAUAGACAUCUUUUAUUGGUUGAUCCCCAUGGGCAGGUUCGAACGAAAGACAGAAAAUUUGCAACUGUCGAGGAAUUGAUUAAUUUCCACAAAAGUAAUAGCAUACCAAUUAUUUCUGGGGGCAGUGAAGUGCAAAUCUUGUUUCCAGUUGCAAGAAAGGGUCAGACAAACGUUGGUAAUAAUUCAUUUAAAAUAUAGCAAAGUAGCCUAGUUUCAUCUUAUAUCGAAUUUAUUUAGCUUCUAUUCACGUGUAUAUUUUAGAUUCAGACCAAAACUGAACAAUGCAGCCUGCGCGUUGCUUUCAUGACGUAAUCACACAAUCUCUCGAUUGUAGGAGGUCGUUUCCACUGAUUAUCAAUUCACUGUGAUUUUUAAGGUUAUGUUGAAAAUAAAUUCAUUCUGAAUUGGGGGUAGCAUGCUUUUACAGCGUUUUACAGUCGUGUAGAAAAUAAUUUCAUCUCAGCCUGUAAGCGUGGAUUGUUUUUUAACUUUAUUGGCAAAUUAUAUUGUUAAGCACUACAUGUAGGAACAUGUAGGGGUUUUUGGACUACCCGCUCUGGACCCGUGUGAAGUUAGCUACACCCGGCGAGUUUCGGUUCAUACUUUAUUAGUAUUCCAGCACUGUAGCCAACAACAAAAGACUAUAAUCUUAUAAAAUGCAGUCCUUUAUGUUAUAAAAGAUAUUGUCUUGUGCUCCUAUCUUCACCGCAACCAAUUUUUAUGAAGCCUUCCACCUUUCAAAUUCUAUUUCGUCAUCAAAGGAUCGUAGAUUUACCUGUAGUUUGGUUUGAGGCCAAAACAUUUUCUUGUUUUAAAAACUACUUCUAUUUGUUGUUAUUCUCCAUCAGCCUGAAACUGCCCAUAUUUAUCGGCUGCACAAUAUAAAAUUAACAGGCUUCAGUUCUUAAUACCUGAAGGUUAUAAUGUAUGCAGUUUUUUACGGUGUUGAAGACUUUAGCAUGGUUACAAACCACUUGUCCAGCUAUCUUUUUUAUUUUAUCAAAUAAUUUUGCUUUGCUAACCCUAGACGUUUCAUGAUGGUGGUCAAGAUUACCUUAGUUUUAUUGGGAAACCUGCCUUUGAUGUAUCAGGUGUAUCAGGAAGAAAUGCCUGUUAGAUAGCGGGAUCUUCGGCGCAGUUAUGAGUGUUGAGAUGAUUCAGAGAUAUAAGACCACUGUGGCGGCAAUGAUCGAGCCUCAGAAUGAAAUUGAGACUGAGUACGUCACUGGUAUUAUGCUUGAUAGUUAGAAUCUUGAACAUCUGACACCAUCAAGCAGUGCGAACAACAUAGAAAUGGCGAACAUUUACUGAGGGCAUCCAACUCUCUCAUUUUAUUGUUUGAUUGACACAAGCUUCAACUCUGGCUCCCUUCAUUUUGCGAUGUGUGUUAGUCAAUUAUGUAUAUGUCAGUACUGAGCUGGUCGUGAGAGUUUGUUAGUUAGUACUUUCUGAACAUUUUACUUGAACCAAAUUCAAGAAUAUGCCCCCCCCCCCUAAAUGGAAAAUGAACUGCCCGAUCUAAAAAGGGAUGAGCCACUAGCAACAUUACUCAAAACUGUACUUAAAACAAUACAAAAAUAAUUUUGGCCUUUUUGCCUACUGAUUUUUACCCUCCCUGAAAAACUUUUCAAGCAACCACCCCCUCCCCCAUCCGUUGAUACCAAACUUUGUGCCACAUUCAUCUUUGGUUAUGUGUGAGGAAUGCUUUGAUUGAAGCCCCCCCCCCCCCCCACCAACCAACCACCAAAUUCAAGCCUUUUCAGUAUUUCUUUAGUGUAUCAGAUAAUCAGUUGUUUUAAAGUGGUUAAGGUAUUCAGUUUGACGUUCCUUGUAAUUUUUCUGAUUUAAUAUUUUUGCUAUAGAUAUGUUAUCACUUGUAAAAACCAAAUCCCGGUUAAAUUAUCAUCACAAAAGUAUGUAUGUUUUUCAUGAA